GGGAUAAACAUCCUUUAUUUCAGACCUUUGGUUCAGCUCUGCAAUGUCUUCUCCUGAAAUUGCUUCCCUUUCCUGGGGUCACAUGAAGGUGAAAGGUUGUUCUGCAACUUAUAAGGACUGCAAAGUGUGGCCAGGGGGAAGCCGAACCUGGGAUUGGAGAGAAACGGGGACUAAUCAUUCCCCUGGAGUGCAACCUGCUGAUCUUGAAGAAGUCGUCAGUAAAGGAGUUAAAACUUUAGUGAUUGGUCGUGGCAUGAGUGAGGCCUUACAGGUACCAGCAUCUACGGUGGACUAUCUUAAGAAAAACGGAAUUGAUGUGCUGGUUCUGCAGACAGAGAAGGCCGUGAAGGAGUACAAUGCCCUAGUUGCUCAGGGUGCCAAAGUAGGGGGUGUCUUCCAUUCAACAUGCUGAGGCAUUAAGCCCAUCAGCCCUCUUCCAGAACAGUCUUGUGCCUUUUGACUCCAUAAAGAGCCAAGAUUGUUGCUUUGUACUUCAUAUUUUCAGUGUGCCAAGGCAUGAAUGUGAGAUUAAAAAUCCAGAGUGAAGAAAUACAGCAGUGCAGAACAUAAGUGAAUUGACAGAAAUGGCGGAGUAAUCAAUUAGUUAGAGGUCUGCUUCCUUGCAUCACAAAAUUGAUCUAGUCCUCUAGUUCUGAGGGCUGACUCAUCCUUUGCUUCAUCUUCCAUUGGACUGAAGCUUUGGACACGUGAAUGUUUUGACUAGGAAUACUUUGGAGAUACGACAGCCAUAGAAUAUUUGCUGAGUACCAUGGUGUGGCAGAUGCAUGGCAAUACAAAAAGCAUUUGGCAUCUUCUUUGGGUUCGGUCUAAAUCCAGUGAAGAGAUUGACCCAUGAGGUCUCUCCCAAGCCCAUGAUUUUAAGUGUGCUUCAUCCCAUUACCAGUCCUGGAGUCAUCCCAGCAGCGCACAUUUGUUUCUCUGGGAUGAAUAAUUUUCUAAACGACUUCCAUAAUAUUGCAUUUGUAAAUCUUGCUUUAACUCAAAAACCAUGUCAGCAUGGGAUGAAUGUAAAACAUGGGCCUUAAAAGAAAGGGAUUCCCCCACUAAUGAGAAAUGGUGAGCACUAACCCAUGUGAUAUUAGUUCACUUGAGUAAAGAAAAAAAUUAACAUGCAGCUUCAGCAGUGAGAUUAACUAGAAAGCCAGAGCUUGAUGUCAUGGAAAUGAAAGCUAAUAGGUACCCUAAAUCAGACAAGAUUAGCAAAUAGUUACUAAUAAGCUGGGGGAGUGAGGCUGGGAUCUUUAUUUCAGGUGCUUCCAAUCAGCUAACAUUGAGAGAAUAAGUAGAUUUUCAACAAAAGCUGCAGAUUGUAAGCUUCUUGUUUUAUGGCACCUUUUCCUUUCUCCAGGUGGACUAACAUGACCAACCGGUUAUAACUUGGAACACAUCUGAAUUUCUUUCUUGACUAGCUUCAAGUCCAUCUAAUUUAUUUCCAUUACAGUGGUGCAUAGGAGACACCAGUCCAGGCUUGUGCAUGUUAGGCACUGCACAGCCCUGCUUUGGGAAGGGUACACAGCUCCUUGACUUUGCAAAAUUGCAUCAGGGCCCCACUAUGGCAGGGGUCUGCAACCCCUGGCACAUAUGCUAGAGCAUGGCACAUGAAGGCAUUUUUCUUGGCAACCAUGCCUCAGGGCAGAUGGUGGAUAAAGGGGCUAGGGCUGUGCUGCCACAAAGAUUGCACCUCUUGCAGCUCCUCCGCCAUCUGCCCAAAGGCAUGUGGGCACACAUUGCCAGCAACGAGUCGGGCUGGGGCUCUGCAGACCUCAGUGCAGCAGCUUGCAGCCUCCCAGCCAGCUGGCCUGGGCUCUGGGCAGGCCCCUGCUGCCGGCCACAGAGUCUGGACUGCUCAACAGGUGGUAGGGAGGCUGCAAGCCACGGCACCAAGGUCUGCAGAGCCCCAUCCUGGCCUGUUGGCAGGUGCAUGUGCACCGCCAGGGGGAUGAUGGGGAAAGGGCCAUAGCUGUGCUGCCACAACAAGGACUGGGCUCCUCGCAGCUCUCCUGCCAUUUGCCCCUGACACACCAACUUCUUACAAGUCAAGGUCGGGGUGUUUUUGGCACUACAUCAGGGCCCUACAGUGUUGUGUUUGCUUUCCUCCAUAUUACAUUAAACCAAGUGCAAGUGUUUUAGUAAUGAAUAGCAGCAAGAGGGAAACAAAAUGUAUCCAUAGAAUAAAAAUGCAUCUUCAUAUCUCUUAAUUAUAAUCAUAUCUUGCACCAUUAGGGCUAUAUUUGAGGCAAUGGCCCACCGGGAGCACCAGGAGUUGCUUUCUGGACUGCAUUUGCAUUCAUUGACACAGCAGCCAGGAUAAUUAGUAGGCAAUUAUUCUUGGUUUAAGUGCUAUGACAUAGUCCCAAAUAGUUAGGGGGUAAGAAAUAAAAAAGGAAACACUGCCCAAAAAGCCAUAGCUGUCUCCAGUGGGGAGCUUUCAAAACACAUUCUUCACAGAUACAUCAUGCAAAAUACAGCCUGACAUUAAAAGGCCUUUGUACUUUAACUGUUUGGACCAGGAUGUGGCUCCUGGCCAAACCUGGUUACCAUGUGUGAUCUCCUAAGCCAGUGGCACUCCACCUUCUGGCUUCGCAUGCUGGAUGAGUGAAUGGGAUCAGCCCACAGGCCAGAUCCUGUGCGAGUUCAGCUUGUGGGGUUGUUUUGUGGGCCCGAUCCUGUGCCAGCCUGAUCCAGCUGUGCAGCAGGCUGAUCUAGUAUGCAGGGCCACAUUACCUGACCCACAGGGCUCCUCCCAAGGGUCCAGAAAUUUGGCAGCGGGUUAACAGCAAUUACCACUGCCACCUCUCCCCUGCCAUCAAAUUCCAGACCC